CGCAAAGAAGACGAAGUCUACCAUCCGGCAUCCAUCUCCUCUCACAGUCUCGCAUUAACAGGGUACUAUGCUCUCCCCAUCUUCCAUUUUCCGGCCUCCCUCUUCAAAGCUCCAACACUUUACUGCACGCUCCUCUACUGUUCUUCAUAUUCUCUCGUGUAAAAGUCUGCAAAUGUGGAGCAUCUUCAUAUCCGCUUUGGGUUGAUAGCAACAUCUGCAAGGCACUGUGGAGCUAGGAUUCAAGUGGUUAAAUUGAACCCACACUCUCAUUCUCACUCAAUAUGCUCUCUCAUUCAUGAUACUCAUAGAGUUGUGAUAAAGGGUGGUGGUUGGGUGAGAUAUGCAGACUCCAAAGCAAAGAAAUGGUUCCUCUGAGGCACCUCAAAGAAGAAAAAGAUCACCACAAUCGGUAUCUUCGAAAGUGCCUAUAGAAAUCUCACCACAGCCCAUUCCUCAAGAAGUUCGUCGAAAAUCAUCUCCACGAAAUUCCUCUCACUAUACAUCUCUUCAAAAGGUAUCCCCACGCAUCGCCCGCAAGCUUUUGCCAGACAACUCCGGUGCUAAGGCAUCCUCUCAUGUAAUUAGCAGCCCAAAGCAGGGAAGUCCCAAAGGCAAUGAGCAAAGGUCACCCCAUAGUUUAGGUUCUGAGAUGCGCCCAAGCAGACACAGUGAGUUGGAAUCUCAGAUUUUUGAGCUGCAGAAUGAUCUAAAGAAAGUGAAAGAAGAGUUACGUUCCGCAGAAGCAUUGAAGAAUCAUGCAAAUCAAGAAGCAGACGAGUCAAAAAAGCAGCUGUCUCUCUUAUCUUCUAAACUUGAAGAAUCUCAAGAACUUCUGUGGAAACAGACAUUCCCCAAGGCCACCGAAUCCGAGAACUUGAAGGAAAAUCUUCCCGAUACUCUAUUGCUAGUGGAGGAAAUGAAAACCUUGCUGCAGCUCGAAGCAGCAAGAAGAACUGCAGAGACGAUCAGAUCAGAAGAAACCCAGAAAGCUCUUGAAAUGGAGAUUUCUUCCAUGAAAUCUGAGAUUGAAAGCCUGAGCGACGCUUUGGAGGCAUCCGAAGUGAGAAACUCCGAAGAAGAAACCCUAAGCACUAUCAAGAUCAGAAGUGCUUACGAGUUUGUUGAACGGAUAAUCUCCUCCUCAAACCAGAAAGAGGCCGAGCUUAAAGCCGAGGUGCAGAAACUGAUCGCAACAGUCGAGGAGUUGAAGGCGAACCUUAUGGACAAAGAAACCGAAUUGCAAGGGAUAUGCGAAGAGAAUGAGAACUUGGCAUUAGAAUUGGAGAACAGGCGUUUGGGGCAGGAGGAAAUGGAGUUGGAAAGGGAGAUUCAAUGUGUGAAGGAAAAUCUAGCGGAGAAGGAAGCGGAGAUGAAGAAGAUGUCAGAUGAAAAUGCAGAAAUGGGAGCAGAGAUAAGAAGGAUGAAGGUGCAGUGCGAGCAAUGGCGCAAGGCUGCGGAGGCUGCCGCUGCAAUUCUUUCGCCUGGAGAGAAAGAAAGAUUCACGGAAAAGGAAGACAGGGAUGAAGAUUUGCAGAAGAGGAAGAAUGCAAAAAUGGUUAAGAGGCUUGGCAUCUCAUGGAAGAAGCAACACAAAUAGGAGUUCCUUGCUGUUUUGAUGUUACUGUUUUUUUUCCUACUCUUUGUGUUCAUCUUAGAAUGCUGCUUCUUAUGUUGUUGCCUUGAGUAAUGGGUUUAUAUUUGUUGCUUCACCAAGGUUUCCAUGACAUUGCCUGGCAAUGUCAUGGGAUGACCCGGAGGCGCUCUGGUGUCCC